AUGGUCCAAGACCACACUUCCUUUACAGUUUUAUCAGUCUCUUGUAAACAUAUUGAAUCGACCAAUCGAAUUAGUGUUACCUUAUCUAAAAACUCGGCACAAUCCUUUUAUCUAGACCAACCUAAAAAAACUAAACCAGUUGAGUUAGCAACUCCCCCAACUAAACCCGAUGACUGUCUCCAAGAUGCUCAAAAUUGUGUUUACUUUUCCUUUUUUAACUCGAAAGAAAAGAAACUCUACACCCGCUUCAAAGACAAAGUCGAAGCCAACUUUGAGGGAACCCAAGCUCAGCAACCCCUGUUAUUUUUAACCCUCACUUUUAACACUAAACAUGACAAUUAUUCGGCUUUUACUACUAAUUGGAAUCCGGAAGAUCCCGUUUGA